CACCUUGCAGCCCUGUCUUUUUAAAGUAAGUCUUUAGCUUAGGUUGGCCUUGAAUUUGUGAUCCUUCUAUUUCCAUCCCCCCAUAUGCUGGUUUUACUGGUGUGUGCCACAUGCCUUGUCAACUACACCACCCUACAUUGGAAAGGUAGCAAACAUCAGAAAGUCACUUGGCUAAUAUUUAAAGUAGGAUUUAAACUUGCUCAUUUCAGUGUAGAAUGUAGAUAAGUCUAAUUUUAGAUUGUGCUUCAAAUAUUUGUCAGUGUUCUUAGCUCAGGUGAAACUGUGGUGAUGUUGGUGCUUCGGAUACCUACAGCUAGACUGCUUCUGAGGUGGCUCUCAUUUUCAAGGAAGAAGUCCCUCUGUUUCCUGCUGUCUGCUGCUGAUCACAAAAAAUGUCGUCUGAGCUCCAUUACUGAGCUGCCUGUCACCUGUGUAGUCCCCAGUGGCUGACCAGGGAUAGGGUUGGGGGAGCACAGUGGGCAUGAGGCCAGCCUGGAUCAAAGGCAAAAACAAACAGCACUCUGGUGACCUUGAGUCUUUUCCUUCUGACUCUCCCUGUGUCCUCAGAGUUUGCUUUCUGUUUCAACCCCAAGUUCCAAGGCUGGCAUGUAGUAUGGCCAUUUUCACCCUCCUACCUGGUCCUACCCUGCUCCUCUUUGUCCCUCUUCUGUCCUGUUCCACUGCAGUUUGAGAAAGCAGACUAAAUGUGCUUGCUUUGGGGUGGGAGAGAUGACUUGGGCAGUAAUGAGCUUGCUGCCCAAACGUGAGGACCUGAGUUGGACCCCCACUAUGUAUGUGAAAAGACAAGCAUGGUGACACACAUCUGUAAUCUCAGAGCAAGGGAAUCGGGACAAAAAGAUUUCUAGGUCUUGCUGGGCAGCUAGCUUAGCCAGAUCAGUGAGCUCCAGGUUCCACAGAGAUCAUGUCAUAAACGACAAGGGGAUGAGGUGGUGGAGAUACUUGCCACCAUGUCUGAUGACCUGAAUUCAACCUCUAGGACUUACAUAGUAGAAGAAGAGAGCUGACCCUGGCACACUGUUCUGUGACUGCCGAGUGAAAUCUGUGUGCACCCCCCCCAUAAAUAAAUAAUAUAAUUUAAAAAUAGAAAUUAAUUGAGGAAGACACCCUAUGUAGGCCGCUGGCCUGUCCAUAAAUGUGCACAUAUAUGCAUAUACAUAUGUGUAUACAAGCUACUCUGCUGUCUAGGUGGGGCCUGGCUAUACUGGCUGCCCAAGGAAGGUCUGACUCUUAUUCUCACAACAUGAAAACUGUCCCAGCCUCAGGUGCUCUCUUCUGACGCUGUCUUUCUUAGACAGGGACACCAGCUUAUAGAGAAGUGUUGGUACAAUGAGUAGUACCCCAGGAAUGAUCACUGGCACCAAUUACACCAGGAGUUCUUAUGGUAGAAUCUCUGCUGUUCACAGCCUCAAAAUACAACUACUGAUGCCAGAAAGUGCCAACUUGUAAAAGUCAGCCUGGGACCAGUGGUGGGUCACAGUGUCCUUCAGAAGAGGGCUAAGUUGUACUAAGCUGUGAGGUUCAGGUCUGAAUUACUCCUGGCUAUCAGACACUUCAGCUUCUACAACAGAAGACAGCUCAGGCAGACAAGGCAAGGCCAUAGAGGACAGAGUGCAGGUCUGGGCCCUGUCUGUGUCUCAGCUCUGCUCACUGCUUAGUGGUCUCCAUCUAGUAGCUCUGUUUUCAGAUGUGGCCACACCUUCAAAGUGCUGGUAUCUAGUCCCUGGGACCAGGCCAGCUGUGGCUCACUGGCAGCAGGGCUGUAGUCAGGAGCAAGAUGAAUGAGUGAGGGGCUGGCCAGAGGCCACUCUGAGUCAGAGAAGGCUUAUCCCAGUGAUGGACUAUGUGGGAACUGAAUGUUCAUGUCUGAAUGUCGACAGAUUAGGGAAAUGUUUGCUAAUGAGGAAUUCUAUUCACAGAAUAGACCCAGUGACAAGACACUCUCAUCUCAUCAAGCCACCUCUACUGCAUCUCACCUGCUGUGCUACCAAAGCCCUCUGGAAGAGGCUGGAGAUGCCCCAGCACGCGAUGGGGGACAAGCAUCUCCUUUCCCUCCCAAAGCACCUCUUCACCAGUGCGUCCUCAGCCACAGACAGUGGGUGUGAUACUCCACCCAGCAGCAGGGCAUCCCCAGCCUCCCUGCGCUCUGCCCACAGUCCCCUGGACUCCUCCAGCCAACAUCUGUUUGAGCCCCAGGUUGAGAAGCGGAGUAGCCAGAGAGCCCGUGAGGUGCAGUACAAGUCUGCAGGGCCAAAGAGCACACUGUGUGGUUGGCAAGCCUUCACUCCCAAGUGCUUUCAGGUUUUCAACACCCCUAAGGGCUUCCUCUUCUUCCUGUGCUCAGCCUCCUUCCUUCAGGGCAUGAUAGUGAAUGGCUUCAUCAACACUGUCAUCACUUCCAUCGAGCAGCGCUUUGACCUGCACAGCUACCAGAGCGGGCUCAUCGCCAGCUCCUAUGAUAUUGCCGCCUGUCUCUGCCUCAUCUUUGUCAGCUACUUUGGGGGCAAUGGGCACAAGCCACGCUGGCUGGGCUGGGGUGUGCUGGUCCUGGGAAUUGGCUCCCUGGUGUUUGCACUGCCCCAUUUCACUGCUGGCCACUAUGAGGUGGAGAUGGAUGAGGAGGUGGGGACAGGGGCAUGUCUGGCCAACAGGAGUCAUGUGGAGUGUAUGGACUCAGGCCUGUCCAGCUACAGGCUGAUCUUCAUGCUGGGCCAGCUACUGCAUGGUGUGGGUGCCACACCUCUCUACACACUGGGUGUCACCUACCUGGAUGAGAAUGUCAAGUCAAACUAUUCACCCAUCUAUAUUGCCAUCUUUUACACGGCAGCCAUCCUUGGACCUGCAGCAGGCUACCUGAUUGGAGGAGCCAUGCUAAAUGUUUACACAGAAGUAAGCCAACGGACAGAGCUGACCACUGACAGCCCACUGUGGGUGGGUGCCUGGUGGAUUGGCUUCCUGGGAGCUGGGAUCACUGCAUUCCUCAUCGCCAUCCCCAUCCUUGGCUAUCCCCGGCAGCUACCAGGUUCCCAGCGGUACAUCGUUACAAGAGCAACUGAAACACAGCAGCUGAAAGACCACAGCCACAGAGCAGUGAGCAAUCCGACUUUCGGCAAGACUGUCAGAGACCUGCCUCUCUCGAUCUGGCUCCUUCUAAGAAACCCCACAUUCAUCCUGCUCUGCCUGGCAGGGGCCACUGAAGCCACACUCAUCGCCGGCAUGUCCACAUUUGGUCCCAAGUUCUUCGAGGCCCAGUUCAGCUUGAGUGCCUCCGAGGCUGCCACGUUGUUUGGAUACCUGGUGGUGCCAGCAGGCGGUGGUGGCACUCUCCUGGGUGGCUUCCUGGUGAACAGAUUCAAGCUCCGUGGCUCUGGGAUCAUCAGGUUCUGUCUGUUCUGCACCUUGACCAGCCUACUGGCCUUCUUUGUCUUCCUCACGCACUGUCCCAACAUGCCCAUGGCAGGUGUGACAACUAGCUACGUUGGGAGCCCCCUGCCUGAAGGCCACUUGGACCUGAAGGCAGCUUGCAACGCCAUCUACUGUUGCCAGGCAGAGCACUACAGCCCCCUGUGCGGUUCGGACGGCAUCAUGUACUACUCACCCUGCUAUGCAGGCUGCCCUGUGGGUGCUGAGACAGGCCUGGGGGGCCAGAAGAUAUACCGAGGCUGUAGCUGUGUCCUUGAGAAGGUUUCCUCUGGCUUGGGCAAUGCUACCACAGGGAAGUGCACUUCCACCUGUCAGAGAAAGCCCCUCCUUCUGGCUCUCGUGUUCGUUGUAAUUAUCUUUACAUUCCUCAGCAGCAUUCCAGCUCUGACCGCUACUCUACGGUGUGUCUGUGAUCAGCAAAGGUCCUUUGCCCUGGGGAUCCAGUGGAUUGUCGUGAGAACACUAGGCAGUAUUCCAGGGCCCAUUGCCUUUGGCUGGGUGAUUGACAAGGCCUGCCUGCUGUGGCAGGACCAGUGUGGCCACCAGGGUUCCUGCUUUGUGUACCAGAAUGAAGCCAUGAGCCGCUACAUGCUCAUUGCAGGGCUCGCUUUCAAGGUGUUGGGCUUCCUCUUCUUUGUCACUGCCUACUUCCUGUACAAGUCUCCAUCAGCAUCCUCAGAUGGCCUGGAGGCCUCCCUGCCCAGCCAGUCCUCGGCCUCUGACAACCCCACAGAACAGCUCCAGAGCAACGUCUGACACCAUGGGCCCCUCCAUAUUUCCUGAGGUCUCUUCCUGGAUACCCUAACCCCAUCCUCACAGGGUAGCAACCCUGAGAACCUUGCAAAACCUCACACUGCAUUCUGGGGCCUGGCACUGCCCCAUACUGUGACUGAGCAGCCUCUGAGAUGCUAAGGAGGAAACAGUGUGUCACAUGAACCAGACACAUCCUCCAAGCCCUAGAGUCUCCAAGGCAUCACUACAUUUCAUGGACUGUCACCUGGUCCUGAUUUCCUGUGUCUACUGGGAAGCCCCUGCAGGGCAGCAGUGCCCUGGGUGGCAUGAUCCUGUGGAGCCAGUUACUUGAUGUUUUUGCUUGAAUCAGCUCGUACUGCCUGUCCUCGAAGCCUGGUGGUCUCUGUGCUGGGCAGGAGCAACUUGAAUCGUUAUGUGUGGACUUACAUUUUGCACUGAACAGUGUUUAUGGAAUCAGUUUUGUACCUGGUCGUGUGACUCAUGUCCAAGCAAACUGCAGUGAGGGUGUGAUCCCAUCUGAGGUGCCAUGCAGAUUUCGUGAAUAAUGUGUUUCUAUGUUUUUGGUUAAGAGUGUGUACAUAAUAUAUUUUAAUAUUUAAA